AUGGCUGAAGACGGCGGUGCAACGGUGGAUUCGCCUGAGUUGAAUGUAAGGUUUGACUGUUUGUUUCACCAUGGAGGAGAAUUCAUGAAGCCUCACGACGGUGAGAUGAUUUACAGAGGCGAGGUUACGACGCUUAUCACCGGUGUACACAUUGAAAGCUGGACUCAGAUUCACAUUCAAAAGGUGGUAAGUGGGUGGGGAUAUGGAGCUGGAUCGUUUAGGUUAUGGACGAAAAUUCCUGAAAUAGAUCCUAAUUAUUUCCAGAUUAAAACUGAUUCUGAUGCUUAUGAUUUAGCUGCGUUUGCUUGUUCAAUGAGAGUAGAUGGUAAAUUAUUUGUUGAACACGGUGCAGCUAUACACAGUAGUAAACCUAGAUGUGUGAAUGAAAGUGUAGAGUUAGAGGUAAGUGAUGAAGAGAUCAUAGAAGGGAUGAAUGAUAGUGAGGAUGAGAGGGCCACAACUCUUGAUGAUGGCUUUGGAUUGGUUGAUGUUACUUUACCAGUUAGUGAGGGCCCUCUUGUAGCUGGUUUGUUGACUUAUCCUAGUAAGGGUAAAGGUAAAGGUGAGAGUGAAAAUAAAGGUGAGGAUGAUGAAUAUAUAAGUGAGGAUUUACUAAGUUCUGACCCUGAUGCCUCAGAGGAUGAAAAAGAGCCUAGGUUUGACAAGUUUAAGAAGGAGGAGCUUAACAAGGAUUACAAAUUUAAAUGGGGUAUGGAGUUCAAUACCCUAGAUGAUUUUAGAGAGGCCAUCCGUGAGUGGACGGUAUUAAAUGGAAGGGAAAUUACCUUUGUUAAAAAUGAGAGUUAUAGAGUGAGGGUUGAGUGCAAGGCCAAAUGUGGUUUUUUAAUGCUUUGCUCUAAAGUGGGCCAUAAGCACAGUUAUGCCAUAAAGACUAUAAAAGAUACCCAUACAUGUGCUAGGGUUUUGGAUAACAAAAGUGCAAGUUCUAAGUGGGUGGCUAAGGCUGUGGUCAAAAAGAUGAGAACAUCUGACAAGGUAAGGAUUUGUGACAUAAUCCAAGACAUGAGGCAAAAUUAUUCUGUUGGUAUCACUGUUUGCAGGGCAUGGAAAGCAAAGCUGAUUGCCAAAAAAAUCAUUGAAGGAGAUGCAGACAAGGAGUAUGCAAAUCUGUGGAGGUAUGCAUCUGAGUUGCAUAGGGUCAAUCCUGGAAACACUGUGAAGAUAAACAUAGAGAGGCCUUUACCUACCAUCCAACCAAGGUUUGGCUCUUUUUACUUCUGUUUUGAUGGAUGUAAAAAUGGAUUUACAAAUGGUUGUAGACCCUUCAUUGGGGUAGAUGGAUGUCAUUUGAAGACAAAGUAUGCAGGUCAACUAUUGAUUGCUAUUGGAAGAGAUCCUAAUGAUCAAUACUUCCCUUUGGCCUUUGGAGUGGUGGAAACAGAAACCAAAGAGUCAUGA